GACACUACCAAUAUGGCGCCCGUGUGGUCUAUGUUGCCUUUACCAGUAUGGCGUCUCACUAAAUCGCGAGUUGUGUUUGCAGUUCUCGCGAUAGUUCAGGGUAUUCCCCGUUGCUAGAGGGGAGGUUGAAAUCCUGUUCGAUAGUUGAAAUAUAAACAACACUUUUUUUUUUUUUAAAGGAUUUUUUAAACUUGGAAAAACGUGCAGUUCGAGGAGGAGGAGGACGGAGUUGUGAGAGAUGUCGGACAGCGAGGACAGCGAUUUCUCUGACAAUCAGAGUGAACGCAGCAGUGAAGCCGAAGAGGUUGAGGACAAUGAGGAGGAGGGGGGGAGAGGCAGCGUGGCCGGCAGCGAGAAAGGGGAGGAGGUAGAGGAGGAAGAAUACGAUGAAGAGGAGGAAGAAGAGGAGGAGGAGGAGGAGGAAGAGGAAGAUGAUGAACGGCCGAGGAAGAAACCCAGACAUGGGGGCUUCAUCCUGGAUGAGGCUGAUGUCGAUGAUGAGUAUGAAGAUGAAGAUCAGUGGGAGGACGGAGCAGAAGAUAUCUUGGAAAAAGCAGAGCAAGCAGAAGUUUCCAACAUCGAUCAUGUCGUGCUUAAUGAAGAUUGCUCUGGUGCUCGCAGACUGCAGAAUCUCUGGAGAGAUCAGAGGGAAGAGGAGCUGGGAGAAUAUUAUAUGAAAAAAUAUGCCAAGUCCUCUGGAGGCGAGCAUUUCUAUGGGGGAUCGGAGGAGCUUUCUGAUGACAUCACUCAACAGCAGUUGCUACCCGGUGUGAAAGAUCCCAAUUUGUGGACCGUAAAAUGCAGGAUCGGGGAGGAGAGAGCCACAGUAAUCGCCCUGAUGAGGAAAUUCAUCGCCUACCAGUUUACAGACACGCCCUUGCAGAUCAAGUCGGUUGUGGCCCCCGAGCACGUGAAAGGCUACAUCUAUGUUGAGUCGUACAAGCAGACCCACGUCAAGGCUGCCAUCGAGGGGGUGGGGAACCUGCGCAUGGGCUUUUGGAACCAGCAGAUGGUCCCCAUCAAAGAGAUGACGGACGUCCUGAAGGUGGUCAAAGAGGUGACCAACCUCAAGCCCAAGUCCUGGGUCCGGCUCAAGAGGGGCCUGUACAAAGACGACAUUGCUCAGGUUGACUACGUUGAACCAAGUCAGAAUACAAUAUCUCUGAAAAUGAUUCCCAGAAUCGACUACGACCGAAUCAAAGCUCGCAUGAGCCUGAAAGACUGGUUCGCCAAGAGAAAGAAGUUCAAGAGACCCCCACAAAGACUGUUUAAUGAUGAAAAGAUCAGGUCCCUGGGCGGUGAUGUCACCACUGACGGAGACUUCUUAAUAUUUGAAGGAAAUCGCUACAGCCGAAAGGGCUUCCUAUUCAAGAGCUUUGCCAUGUCAGCUGUCAUCACAGAAGGAGUGAAACCUACUCUGUCAGAACUGGAGAAGUUUGAAGACCAGCCAGAGGGCAUUGACCUUGAAGUGGUGACAGAAAUGACAGGUAAAGAGCGAGAGCACAACCUGCAGGCUGGAGACAACGUGGAGGUGUGCGAGGGCGAGCUCAUCCACCUGCAGGGCAAGAUCCUGAGUGUGGACGGGAACAAGAUCACCAUCAUGCCCAAGCACGAGGACCUUAAGGACCCCCUGGAGUUCCCAGCUCAGGAGCUGCGAAAGUACUUCAAGAUGGGGGACCACGUGAAGGUGAUCGCGGGGCGCUACGAGGGAGACACAGGGCUCAUCGUCAGGGUGGAGGAGAACUUUGUCAUCCUCUUCUCUGACCUCACCAUGCACGAGUUGAAGGUGCUUCCCCGGGACCUGCAGCUCUGCACUGAUACGGCGUCGGGGGUGGACGCGGGGGGGCAGCACGAGUGGGGGGAGCUGGUCCAGCUGGACCCCCAGACUGUGGGGGUGAUCGUGCGCCUGGAGAGGGAGACCUUCCAGGUGCUGAAUAUGCAUGGCAAGGUGAUCACAGUGAGGCACCAGGCGGUGACGAGGAGGAAGGAUAACCGAUUUGCCGUUGCUCUGGACUCGGAGCAGAACAACAUUCACGUGAAGGACAUUGUGAAGGUCAUCGACGGGCCGCACUCGGGCCGCGAGGGGGAGAUCAGGCACUUGUUCCGCGGCUUUGCCUUCCUGCACUGCAAGAAGCUGGUGGAGAACGGAGGCAUGUUCGUCUGCAAGACGCGCCACGUUGUGCUGGCCGGAGGCUCCAAGCCCAGAGAUGUAACGAAUUUCACAGUGGGUGGGUUCGCCCCCAUGAGCCCUCGAAUCACCAGUCCGAUGCACCCCAGUGGAGGAGGAGGAGGAGGCCAGCAGCAAAGAGGUGGGCAAGGAGGCGGAGGAGGAGGAGGAGGAGGAGGAAUGGGGCGUGGCAGAGGAAGGAGAGACAACGAUUUGAUUGGACAGACAGUUAGAAUUUCACAGGGACCAUACAAAGGCUACAUCGGGGUGGUGAAAGAUGCCACAGAGUCGACCGCCCGCGUGGAGCUGCACUCCACCUGCCAGACCAUCUCUGUGGACCGACAGCGGCUCACCACGGUGGGGGCAAAGAGACAUGGAGGAAUGACCUCAACGCACGGGCGGACCCCCAUGUACGGCUCCCAGACCCCCAUGUACGGGACAGGGUCCCGAACCCCCAUGUAUGGCUCUCAGACGCCCCUGCACGAUGCAGGGAACCGGACGCCCCACUACGGCUCUCAAACCCCGCUGCAUGAUGGGAGCAGGACUCCAGGGCAGAGUGGCGCUUGGGACCCCAAUAAUCCCAACACCCCCUCCAGGGCCGAUGAGGAUUUCGAAUACGGGUUCGACGAUGAGCCCUCACCCUCCCCGCAGGGGUACGGGGGGACCCCUAACCCACAGACCCCCGGAUACCCCGAAGUGCCGUCUCCGCAGGUCAACCCCCAGUACAACCCACAGACGCCAGGGACCCCAGCAAUGUACAGCACAGACCAGUAUUCUCCCUAUGCUGCCCCAUCUCCUCAGGGCUCCUACCAGCCCAGCCCCAGUCCCCAGAGCUACCACCAGGUGGCGCCAAGUCCUGUUGGUUACCAGAACACCCAUUCUCCAGCUAGCUACCACCCCACCCCCUCCCCCAUGGCUUACCAGGCCAGCCCCAGCCCCAGCCCUGUGGGUUACAGUCCGAUGACACCCGGAGCGCCCUCUCCUGGUGGGUACAACCCUCACACCCCCGGCUCCAGCAUCGACCAGAGCUCCUGCGACUGGGUGACCACGGACAUCCUGGUGCUGGUCCGAGACACCUUCCUGGACAGCCAGGUGGUGGGAAAAACUGGGGUCAUCCGCAGUGUCUCGGGUGGCAUGUGCUCUGUGUUUCUACAAGGCACUGACAAAGUCGUCAGCAUCUCCAGCGAACAUCUUGAACCACUGACACCAACUAAAAAUGACAAGGUGAAGGUUAUUUUAGGAGAGGACCGCGAAGCCACUGGUAUCCUCUUGAGUAUCGACGGGGAGGACGGUAUCGUGAGGAUGGAGCUGGAUGAGCUGCUGAAAAUCCUGAACCUCCGAUUCCUGGGCAAGCUGGAAGUGUGAGCGACCUGCCUGCCUGCCUCCCUCACCUCUCUCCCUCCCUCACCUCCGCUCCACACCAGGAACCAGAAGCAGCUUCCACUGAAACAAGAAGACUAAAACUAAAGUCAUGCUUUUCUGCUUCGGUAGCUUUCUUUUUUUUUUUUUUAUUUUGUCACGAUGCAACACCACGGUCAUAAAAAAAAAAAAAAAAAAACCCACAAA